AUUGAAACUUUUCACUUUUCACAUUUCCGCUCUAGGAGAAAAAUUACAUGAUCGAUAUCCUGAUACGGGUGGAAUAUAAUACACAUGCGCAUAUGAUUCAUGCAUACGCAGGAUUGAAGGUGCGACGUUACAUACGUUCUCGGUUUUCCCUCUAUGUGCCACGUUAUCGCAUUUUUGACAGUUUUAAUAUAAUGUCGAGUGUUGUCGCGUUCGUGGUAUUCGUGGAAUGGGUGGAACGUUAUUGAUGUUACGCAUGAGACGUGAAAAUCAAAUAAACAAGGGUUUUGCCCACAUUUCGAUGUCAAUUGCAAAUCCAUCCUUGCAUCUGAUAGCGUGCCGUUGGUACACACAAGUUUGCUAUGACAACAGUAAUAGAGGUCAAACUUAAUAAGUAAAAGGAAGAAACAAUAAAUGGCAACUUUUUGUAUAGCAUUGCAAAUUAUUCUAAAUUAUAUUAAACAUUUCCACAUUUUGAUGACGAAGGCUGUAUAGCCCAUUUAUGUGAUAUAUGUAGCCAAUAUAUAUGCCGAUUCUAAUAACUUAUUCAAAAGGCUUUAUGUACUUUUCAUGGCAAAGUAACAAUCAUAUAGAUAUUUAUAAAUAUAAACCUACUGAUAAAUUAUCGACAGUUUUCCAUCAAACUAAAGUAAAAAUAAAAUAAAAUAAAAAUGGCUUGUGGGAAAAUUUUUGGUUUGUUGAUAUACAAGAAUAUGAUAGUGCGUAAAAGACACUGGCGUAUGACGAUAUUCUUACAAGCUUUAGUACCCAUUGCAUUAUUUGCAUUGUUACAAGCUGUGAGAGAUUUCAGCGUUCAGUCACCAGUUGAGGUGAAAGAGAACACAUACUAUCCUGUACAUACACAAGAUGACUUGAUGAAAAAAAUUAAUAAUGCUCUAAACAAAGUGUAUUAUACGCCAAAAAAUGAAGAUACGUAUAAAAUGAUGGAGUCUGUUAGAUAUUGUCUCAAGCUUUUGCCUGACAAUAUGAUAGGUUUUGCUAAUGAGACUGAAAUGGUAGAUGCUUAUACAAUUUAUCAGGCAAAAAAUCCAAUAGUUUCUACAGUUGCAGUUGUUUUUGAACAGUACAACAAACCUGCCAUAAAAUAUAAAAUAAGACAUUCAUGGAAGAUACCAAAUAAUUUGUACCAAACUGUGGCAGAUGGCGAACGUAUGAGUUCGUCACCUUCGAUAUAUUUCGAAAUAAUUCCAUUUACUCAAGUUCAGAUAUGUUUGGAUGAAACACUCAUAAAACAAGCAGUACCAGAUUCUGAUAUAAAGAUGUCAAUACAAAGAAUGCCUUAUCCACCGUAUGUUAAAAUUGAUGAUGCUGAUGUAUUUUUACGGGAAGGAAUUUGUACAUUUGCAGUUAUAGCUUUUGUGAUUCCACUUUGCAUAGAAGCCAGCUAUGCAUCGAAGGAGAAAUUUAUUGGCGUAACUGUUUUAAUGACAAUGAAUGGUGUCAAACUGGCCUAUAAUUUAUUUAGUUGGUUAAUUACAGGGUUGCUAGUUAGCACCGUUUAUAUAAUACCAGCAAUUAUAUUAUUUAAAAAUACUUUUUCACAAAAUGUUGAAGCCUAUUUGCAAUAUAGCAAUGGAUUUAUAUUUUGGCUCUUAUUCACUACACAUGUCGCUCAUCUUAUAACAUUUGGCAUGCACAUUGCAGCAUAUUUCUCAAAACCACGGUUUGUGAUAACUGCCUUAGCUAUAAUUUAUGUGGCAGCGAUUUCACUUCAUGAAAAUAUGGUGAAGGAAGAAGUUUUUAGUGUUAUACCAUAUUUUGGUAUUCUAUUUCCAAAUAUUAUGCUUUUUAGGCUCUUUGAAGAAACAAAUGCACAUGAAAGUAAAUUAAUUGGUAUUCAAUGGAGUACUUUAUUCGUUCCUGGGAAAACGGAAUAUGGUAUUCUAGGAAGCCCAGGUUUUAUAUUUUUCUUUUCUAUCUUGGGUGCUGUGAUACAUUUUACACUUGCAGUAUAUAUAAAUGCUAUACUUCCCGGCAAAUAUGGAGUUCGAAAAAAUCCAUUAUAUUUUUUGAAGUGCAUUAAGAAGAAUAAAAUAGCUCUUGAUGAAGAAGCUGGUGAAUUUGAUUAUGAUAAGGUUAACGAAGACUUUGAGCCAGUGAUAAGUGGUACACUUACACCUGGAAUACAAAUACGUGAUCUUAAAAAGUCUUACACAACAAGCUGGAUACGAAAGUCUAAAGUUCAUGCCUUAAAAGGAAUAUCCAUAGACUUUUAUAAAGGACAAAUUACUGCUCUGCUUGGACAUAAUGGAGCAGGCAAAACUACGCUUAUGUCUAUAUUAACAGGUGUAACAAGCGAAACACAAGGAAAAGUCUUUAUAAACGGUAGAAAUAUAAGAAAAGACUUAGACAGCAUUAGAAAUAAUUUAGGGCUAUGUCCUCAGGAAAACAUGGUUUUUCCAGAUUUGAAUGUAUUUGAACAAAUAGAAUUCUUUGGCUUGUUGAAAGCUAAAAAUAAAACUAGAAAUGAAAUCAAGGAAAAUGUUAAUACCUUGCUUUCUAAGUUGAAGCUUUCUGAAAAGAAAGAUUUCCUGCCUAGCAAACUUUCUGGUGGUCAACAAAGAAGACUAUGUCUUGGGAUGGCACUUAUUGGUGAUGCUAAUAUCAUCAUUUUGGAUGAACCAACAUCGGGAAUGGAUCCUGAAACCAGAAGAGAUACGUGGGAUAUUAUAUUAAAACUUAGAGGAGAGAAAACAAUAUUGAUUAGUACACAUAAUAUGGAAGAGGCUGAUAUACUUGGUGAUAGAAUCGCAAUAGUACAUGCGGGUCGUCUUAGAAGUUAUGGUACUGCAAUGUUUUUAAAAAAACAAUAUGGUCAUGGCCACAUUGAAGUUACGUUGUCAACAAAGUCUUGGUGUGUUCCUGAAAAAGUUAUAAGUAAAUUUGAUGAAAGAACGCAACAGCUUAGCAUUGAUAGUGAAAAGAUUGUAUUAAAUGUACCACAUACUGACUCUUUACCACAAUCACUGGACAAAGUAGAAAGCGAAAAGAAGAAUUUAGGAGUUACUGGAAUAAGCGUGUCACUGAUUACUUUGGAACAAGUAUUUUUGAAAAUCGUAAAGAAUGAAGACAGUGGAAAACACCUUAAUGAAUUAUUUACAGCACCAUUACAAAAAAUUACAGGCAAUGAGCUAUGCAUGCAAUCGAUAUUAGCGUUAUUUUGCAAGAAAUUCACAUAUACAAUAAAAAACCUAACUAACUUAUUGAUGAUUCUAAUUCUUCCUAAUCUAUCGGUUCUUCUCUUGGCCUUAAGCUACAAUCUACCAAGUGAUUCCACAGAUAUUGUUCCAUUAAAGCUUGACAUGUAUAGAUAUUCUAAAGCUUUAUAUUCGUCGAAUGACGAAUUGAUUGGUCAGAAAUAUAGAGAUGUUGUUCAGUAUUUCGGCAAAGCAGAGCGUGUAGCCUCGGAUACAAGUGUUGCGAGCGCUCUUUUGAAUUCCUCUAUGCAGAACAUUGUUGAAUACCGGAACAAUUUUAUUGUAUCCGCUGAAUUUAAUGACACUGAAGGCAACACGACAUGGGCUAACGGUUUUUAUUCUGGCUUAGCAAUUCAUAGUGUGCCGUUAACAGUGAAUCUCUUAAGUAAUUCAUUUAUCAAGGCUCUCGCUGGCGAUCAAUAUUCGAUCGUUGCGUCUAGACAGCAAUUACCAAAUACUCUAUCUUCAACCAUGAUACAAUUGCCAGAAGCAGAAUCGCUUUCUCGCGUUUUAAUGUUCUGUUCGUUUUUUUUCCCCACUGUUGCACUUUUCGUAGCACAUCCCUUGGAAGAAACAAUGACAAAAGUGAAACAACUCCAACGUAUGACCGGUGUCACGUCGUUAUCGUACUGGAGUACAAUGUUUGCUUUUGAUUUUCUAAUAUAUACUUUAAGUGUAUUGUUAAUUACUUUAGCACUUUAUAUCAUGGAUAUUAUUCUGGAUAUUCGCCUGUAUUAUGGAAUAGAGAUAUCGUGCACGAUAUUGAUUCUGGAGUUGUUUGGUAUUAACGUUUUACUUUUUAUAUAUCUAUUCAGUUUUAUGAAUAAAUCAAAGAAUACUAUAACAACCAUUUUGAGUCUUGCACCUCUUGGCUGUGUUAUAAUACAAUAUCUUCUACAUGAAGUAAUACACAGUUUUGAUUGGCUUAAUCCGCUACACAUUCUACAAAAGAGAAUUUUCCGCCUACUUCCCUACGUAAGUUUGUUCCAUGGUCAAUACUCUUUUUUCAACAUAGCAGUGCAAAAUGCAAGGUGUCGUCGUCUGCCAAAUAGACUUCAUGCUGUAGUUUGUUUUGCGGCACGCGAUCCUUGUUGUGGCUUGGACUGCGAAGACGGAGUGUGCAAAAAUCAAUUGUCUUAUUUCAAAGACUUUACAGACGACAUGAAUUUCGAAGAAAGUAUAGUAUAUUUAGCUAUAACACCAAUUUUGUAUUUUGCUCUAUUAAUUGUAUUAGAAAAAAAGCUCUUUUCGAAAUUAUUUAUGAAGAUAGUCGGAACGAAAUUAAGAAAGGAACAAGAAAUAAUGGAUGAUCAAGUAAAGAUGGAGAAACUUGCUGUAGCGAUGGAAAUUAAUAAAAUUAACAGCCAAGGUGUGAAAGAUACGGAAGAAGAAUUAAGAAGAGGUUCUGGAGAGACUACUAAUAUUGAACUAUUACACAGUCCAAUAAGUGAAGGGAACAGUCUUUUCUUAGUAUACGAAUUAAGCAAAUACUAUGGGAAGUUAAUGGCUGUGAAAGAAAUUAGUUUUCGAGUGAAGCCACGCGAAUGUUUCGGAUUGCUCGGCGUGAAUGGCGCGGGAAAAAGUACAACUUUCAGGAUGCUGACUGGCGAAGAAAUGUCUAAUAGUGGCAUAAUGUACUUAGGGCAAGCGGAAAUCCAUUCAGACAGGACAAAGUAUCUUUCGGAGAUGGGAUACUGCCCACAAACCGAUGCCUUAAUACCAUCCUUAAAUACUUUUGACCAUUUACGACUAUUUGCUCGUCUACGCGGUAUACCAAAGUGCAAUGUAGAGUUGGAAGUUAAUAAAUGGAUUAAUAGAUUGAAUUUAACUGCUUGCAUGAAGCAACCAAGCGGUACUUAUAGCGGCGGUAAUAAAAGGCGCUUAAACAUCGCAAUGGCUCUCAUCGGUAAUCCUACCCUCGUUCUUUUGGACGAGCCGACAACCGGUGUCGAUCCGGCAGCUAGAAGAUCGCUUUGGAAUACUUUACAGGCGUGCCAGGCAGCAGGACAAGCUAUUAUACUUACAUCUCACAGCAUGGAAGAAUGUGAAGCACUUUGUAACAGAUUAGUUAUUAUGGUGAAGGGAGAAUUAGUCUGCAUUGGUGCGAGUCAAGAAUUGAAGCAGCGAUUCGGCGCAGGUUAUGAUAUUCACAUAAAAUUAAAUCCAGGCCGGACAGACGAGGAUGUUAAUAAUAUUAAAAAAGUUAUUGAGUCUAGUCUAACAUGUGAUAUUAGAGAUGAAAACCUGGGAUUUCUUGCCUAUCAUGUAACAGAUUGUAAUACAACAUGGGAAAAAAUGUAUGAUACAGUAAAGACUCUAAAGCAAAGAUAUUCCUGUAUUGAGGAUUACGCUGUUUUAUCUGCAACUUUAGAACAACUCUUUAUUCAGUUUGCAAGAGGAGCUGAAAUGAUUGAGUCUGACGAGUCUCAUAUUACUAGUCAAGUUUAAAUUUAAUCUUAUUGGAACUAAGCAUGUUGGAAAUAAGCAAAAAUAUAGAGCAUAUAUUGAGUAGAAAUCGAAUUAAUAUUAAUUUAUGAAUUAUAUGUUGUAAAAUUUAAUCGAUUUAAUUUAACAUUAUAAUUGAUUUGAUGUUAUAAUCUUAUUUAAUGAAAUUGUUAAUAUAUUGUCGCUUCCGAGUAAAAGGGUGUUAACUCGGAAGCCGGUUGAAAAAGGCGUUAAUUCACCUGCUAAAAUUUUUGCUUUAUUUUAGAUUUGCAGCAAUACCGAAAUAAUUUUAGUGCUUGAUUUAAAACAUAAACAUAUUGAAACGAAAUGAAUAUGCACGUAUAAGUAGAGCACCAAAAUUAAUUCGGCAAUGCUGUCAAAACUUAAAUUGAAACGAAAAAUUUGAAGGCACGAGUUAACGCUACUUUAACUAGCUUCCCAGUUAACGCCUUUUUCAACCGGCUUCUGAGUUAACGUCCUUUUCAAUCGGCUUCCGAAUUAACGUUUUUUCAAUCGGCUUCUGAAUUAACGUCUUUUUCCACCGGUUUCCGAAUUAAUACUCUUUUCAAUCGGCUUCUAAGUUAACGCCCUUUUCAAACGGCUUUUGAGUUAACACUUUUAUUCGGAAGCGAUGAUAUUGUAUUGUUAAUAUAUAUGUAUUAGUACAUCUUUUUGCGUUUAACUUAAUAUCAAUUACAUCACAUUGGUAUAAAAUACUUUUAAAUUGUAAUGCGAAAAUGUUUUAUUAUAAUGAUACGUACUUUUAUAUAAAGUUUGUUUUAUAGAUAUAAGAAAAAAGAUAAAAAUUUAGAUUACAGUGUUAUUUCUUUUAUUAUAUGUACAUAUGUAAAAUAAUUUACACAAUACAUAUUUUCACAGCGUUAA